AUGUGCUUUCUAUAUAUAGGUGCCUUUGUGCGCCAUCAGAUCGACCGUCCGGUCCCUGUCCAGUCCUUGAUCAAGUGUCGUAUGCAGGACAACUUGGAGUUUCUGCAGUGGAUAAAAAGACAUUGGGACCAGUACUAUCCUGGCGGUGAAUACGAUGCCGUUGCGCGACGAAAGGGAUCCGGAGCGCCUCCACCUGCUGCCGGGGGAGCUCGUUCAGGAACUUCUUCGGCCACAGGCACCCGACGAGGCACAACGCCUACGAGCGCCGCUGGCAGAGCGCGAGUUGGUGGUGCAAACAACCUGGCCCUGACCCAAGAACUGAAUGCACAAAAGGAGGCCAUCGCCGGCCUCGAGAAGGAGCGCGAUUUCUACUUUGCGAAGCUGAGAGACAUUGAACUUUUGCUCCAGCAAGCCGUUGAGGCUGAUCCAGAAUUGGAAAAGGGAGAUGACUCGUUGGUUAAGCAUAUCCAAGCCAUCCUGUACUCUACAGAGGUAUUACCCCUAUCCAUGUCUUAA